GCCGUGCAAAUGUGUGUCGCGCCGAGCCGCGGCGGCGGGCUGAAGGCGACGCGCCGCGCCGCCGUGGCGGAGCACUGCGGCACGUGAAGCAGAGGCCGGUAGGAGGCCAUGAAGCAGGCCGGCCGCAAGCUGGGCGGCUGCCGCGGCCGCUACCCGACGGCCAUCCCCGCCGCCCCCGCCUCGCCCUACCACUACCCCUACCAGUACUACCAGCAGCCCGACGUGACCAGCGCGGCCGCCGCCCUCUGGAAGGCGCAGAACAACAGCCUCAAGACCAAGAAGAUAUAUUCGGACUGGGCGAACCACUACCUGGAGAAGGCGAAGUGUAAGCGUCGCAUCAAAGACCUGCAGGCGGACGUCGCCGACGGCGUGCUGCUUUCGGAUGUGGUGGAGGCCGUCACUGGCCUGAAGGUUCCGGAUAUCAACAGAAAGCCCAAGAGUUCUUCUCAAAUGAUCGAGAACAUCCAGCGGACCCUCUCCCACGUGGAGUCCCUGGGCGUCGUGCUCGAGGGGAUCUGCGCCAAAGACGUGCGCGACGGCAACCUCAAGGCCAUCCUCGGGCUCUUCUUCGCUCUCUCCAGGCACAAGCAGCAGCAGAAGCAGCAGCAGCAGCGUGCUGCGGAGCGAGAUCGCCUGGGCAGGCUGGCUCCCGCGGCUGUCGCGGCUGCCGGGCCCCCGCACGCCCCUCAUGCCCCUCAUGGGGCGCCGGGGCCCGGCAUGCCCCACCCCAUGGGCCACCCCAUGGCGCACCCCAUGGCCCACGGGCUGUCGGGGCUGCCGCAGCCCAUCGGACCCGGGCCCGCGCUGCACGAGGACAUGCCGAGUUCUAAAUUACAAACUGCAAUUUGUCAGUUUUCCUUAGUUUUUAGUAUUGUUUACUCUUGUGAAAUUCGUACUUUGCUAAUCUAUAUGUUGGGAGCAGAAUUGCCAGUUAUGGCUCCCUUGGACUAG